AGACAUCAGUAGAGGCCUUUGCAGGGACAGCACUACAUUAUAGGGGACAGAGAGGGUUAAACAGAAGUUCCGUGGUUGCUAGGUUACUAGAAGACUCCUCCCAGCUGUUUCCGGAACGUACCAUUCCUCAGCUGAUUCCAGCGGAAAUGUAAUGCGCCUCUCGCUUCUUUUGUUUUUAUUGGUGACGUAUUUGUGUUGCUUCUGCGCACUUCCUCCUGGGACUUGUAGUUUUUCCGCUAAUGACUCGCAGUGUUACAGGCUGUGAUUGGAGUGGGCGGGACUACAGCGUCCGAUAGUCACUGCGCUCGUGUGGAAUCUUCACUGGAAGCUGAUUGUUUGUCCGAGAGAGGCCCGGGGAUCUGAGUGUGAGUGGGCAGGUGAUGGGGGCCGUAUGGGGCCGGAGAAUGGCGGGGGUUGAAGAUAUCGAUAUUCAGGCAAAUUCCGCUUAUCGUUAUCCCCCCAAAUCUGGAAACUACUUUGCCAGUCACUUCUUUAUGGGUGGAGAGAAGUUUGAGACCCCACACCCAGAAGGUUAUCUUUUUGGGGAGAACAGUGACCUGAACUUCCUCGGGAACCGGCCCGUGCAGUUUCCUUACCUAACUCCUGCCCCUCAUGAACCAGUGAAGACUCUGCGCAGCCUGGUUAAUAUACGCAAGGACUCCCUGCGGCUGGUCAGAUAUAAAGAUGGAGCUGACAGCCCUUUGGAGGAGGGAGGGAAUCCGCGUGUUCUGUACGGCCUGGAGUUCACUUUCGAUGCCGAUGCUCGAGUGGCAGUCACUGUGUAUUGUCAGGCUAGUGAGGAGUUCUCUGGGGGUGUCGCUGUGUACAAUCCCCGCAGCCCUUCCCUGCAGUCACAGACCGUGUAUUUCAAGCGCGGCCUAAGCCAACACUUCUCUCUCACCUCCUUCAAGAUUGACUUCUCCGGCUGGAAAGAUGAAGAGCUGAACUUUGAUCUGGAUAAAGGGAUUGUUCCACUUGUUAUCCAGGCAGUGGUGGCCGAGGGAGGAGAAGGAUCUGCUCAUGCUCAUGUGCUCCUGGCUGCAUUUGAGAAGCACGUGGACGGCAGUUUUUCAGUGAAGCCUCUGAAGCAGAAGCAGAUAGUGGAUCGGGUCAGUUACCUGUUGCAGGAGAUUUAUGGCAUUGAGAAUAAGAAUAACCAGGACACAAAGCCGUCGGAUGAUGAGAACAGUGAUAACAGCAAUGAGUGUGUGGUGUGUCUGUCUGAUCUGCGGGACACUCUCAUCCUGCCCUGCCGACACCUCUGUCUGUGCAACUCUUGUGCCGACACCUUGCGUUACCAAGCCAACAACUGCCCCAUCUGCAGGCUGCCGUUCCGUGCUCUUCUGCAGAUCCGAGCUGUACGGAGAAAGCCAGGGCCCCUUCCUCCCAUUUCUUUCAGUCCAGUUCUGGCUCAGAGCCUGGAUCAUGAUGACAGCACUGGUGCUGAUAACAUUCCCCCGGGGUAUGAACCCAUAUCCUUGCUGGAAGCCUUGAAUGGACUGUGCUCCCCCCCGCCCAGUGCUCCGCUCUAUGAAGAAAUUUCCUACAGUGAGGGGCUUCCAGCUCGAGGACCCCCAGAGAACAGCCACCACAAAGCCAAGCACAUUAAAAGCACUGACAGUGGCCUGAGAUCUCCCUCGUCUCCUAUCCAUGAGGAGGAUGAAGAGGUAUCGGCUAUAUCUGACAGUGAGAGACCAGCUGUUGUGGGGUCACUCAGCAGAGACUCCUCCCACACAGAGAGUGUCUCUGCGGCUGCUACACCAGAGAUCGUCUCUACUCAUCGAGGAUCUCAUGUUCAGCCUCCCCCAGAAGUGCACAAAGACAACGUUUCUGAUCCCCUGGAGCUGAAGGAGGAAGGAACCCAGGAGGGAACAGUUCUAGAGCCUGACGCUUGCUCCAUUGGGAUUGAUGAGUGACAGGUGCGGGUCCCUCAAGGGUCCCGGGAACAUUUCCCCCCUAUUUCCUCCACGCGGAUCAAUUUGCCCAAUGUUUAUAUGGUAUACAUUCCACAGCAGCUGGUGGAGGGACCCACCUUUCUCUUUGUGACUGUCCAUAAGGGGAGUAGUGUUACUGUUUGCUUGGCACCGCCCCCUCACCAGCUUUAUGUGCCACGUGGCAUCUGUCCGUGUGUGUUUGUGUGACUGUAGCAGUGUCUAUUGGGCUACGUCAGCCAGUGCUUUGGCUUCUCUGUGCACUGAGGGGUGCAGUCUCCCCAAAUUGUCCUGGUGGGAUAUGUCCUGACCCAGCUGAUUGUCAGGGCCUCGCCCACUCACAUGUAAUAAUUAACCAAAAUCAAGAAAUCUCCUGGAGUCCAAUUGUAGGACACAGGUUUGACUGUUUGAGAAAUGAUUGUUUUGUUCCUGUGAAGAGCUAAUGAGUUAAUUGAAUCCCUCGCCCUAAUGCUAAUGGAUUGUCUCUCUGUGCCGGCUCUUAAUUACUGACACAAUAAAGGCCAAGACUUGUUCUUUUA